AUGGACACGGGCACGAGCACGAGCACGACAUCGAGGAUCCGGGCCUGGACAAGACGGGGGACACAGGGCAGGAGGGGGCAUGGUAUAUACGGCGAUGCGCGGACGCCCGAGAAGACUGCUCACGAGGUAUCGUACACGAACGAAGAGACAGAGACGCAGGAGUGUCAAAGCUUCACCCCAUUUUCGUCGUCCGGCGUCAACCGCGACGACGACGCCAAAGACUCCGUCAUCUGGCGGCACUCGGCGCCAUUUUCAGAACGCACUGUGAAGGACGACAAAGUGGCGGCACCAAGGCAACGCACAAUGUCUCUGUCGAUUGGCGUCAAUUUUGACAUGCCGGUUCUCGAGACGGAACGUGGAGAUCGAUACGUGCUUGCAAUCGUGCUGUCGGGCGAACCCCUUGUUGCAACCGGGCCAUUCGCACAUGAAGGGACGCUCCGCCCCACAAUCAGGGAUACCUCGCAGAUUGAAGCGUCGAGUGAAUGUGCUGCCGCAGCCAGGAUCGGGGGGAGACGUGGGAGCGCAGUCGACGAUGAGCCGGAACUCCCUCCCCCUCCCCCCAGGGAGGCAAUAGGUGGAAGGGAAGCGGGGAGAGACUGGCUUGAGCUGAACGAGGCCGUCGGCGAACGCUGGAUUUCGGAACCAGAUCUAUGGGCGUCUACAGAUGGUAUGAUCGUGGUCAGUGAAGGCAGCCUUAGAGGGCCGGCUGGCGACGCGGAAGGGUGUGUGCGGGAUGGAGGCCAUGUCUCGCUGCGAGUAGGAUGGUGCGCAGUGGAUGGUGGGGAGAAUCGAGGCCAGUAG